AAUAACAUAUUGCUGGUCACUCUGAAAAAGCAAAACUGCAACUCACUCAAAAUAUAAUUCGGAAUUUAAUUGUAUCCAGCGAAAAGUAAAACGUAAAUCUUCCGGAAAGAUGACUGUGACAGCCACGCCGAUCCCCGACAAUCUGCGGGUGAAAGCCUUCUCCGACUACAGAAAGAAACUGCUGGAGCAUAAGGAGAUCGAGGGGCGUCUCAAAGAAAAGCGCGAGGAGAUCAAGGAGUUAACCAAGCUGUAUGACAAAUCUGAGAAUGACUUAAAGGCUCUGCAAAGCGUGGGUCAAAUCGUGGGCGAGGUACUGAAGCAGUUGACCGAGGAUAAAUUCAUUGUUAAGGCAACCAAUGGACCUCGAUACGUGGUCGGAUGCCGGCGGCAGCUGGACAAGGCAAAGCUGAAGUCUGGAACCCGUGUUGCUCUUGACAUGACAACGCUGACCAUCAUGAGGUACCUGCCACGUGAGGUGGACCCUCUGGUGUACAACAUGUCCCACGAAGACCCCGGUGAUGUCACCUACUCUGCCAUUGGAGGUCUUACGGAGCAAAUUCGCGAACUGCGCGAGGUUAUUGAGCUGCCUCUCCUCAAUCCUGAGCUGUUCUUGCGCGUCGGCAUUACACCGCCAAAGGGUUGUCUGUUGUACGGACCUCCUGGCACCGGAAAGACCCUCCUGGCCCGUGCUGUGGCCUCCCAGCUAGACGCCAACUUCCUAAAGGUCGUGUCCUCUGCGAUUGUGGACAAGUACAUCGGCGAGAGUGCGCGCCUCAUUCGCGAGAUGUUCAACUAUGCCCGCGACCAUCAGCCUUGCAUUAUUUUCAUGGACGAAAUCGACGCCAUCGGCGGUCGACGCUUCUCCGAGGGCACAUCCGCCGAUCGCGAGAUUCAGCGCACGCUGAUGGAGCUCCUCAACCAAAUGGACGGUUUCGAUUCGCUCGGCCAAGUUAAGAUGAUCAUGGCCACCAAUCGCCCGGACACCCUGGAUCCCGCCCUGCUGCGUCCGGGUCGCUUGGACAGAAAAAUCGAGAUUCCGCUGCCCAACGAGCAAGCCAGAUUGGAGAUCCUUAAAAUUCACGCUCUAACGAUUGCCAAACACGGCGAAAUUGACUACGAGGCCAUUGUGAAGCUUUCGGACAACUUCAACGGCGCGGAUCUGCGCAAUGUGUGCACGGAGGCGGGAUUGUUCGCAAUCCGAGCCGAGCGCGAGUAUGUUAUUCAGGAGGACUUCAUGAAGGCGGUGCGCAAGGUGUCGGACAACAAGAAGCUGGAGAGCAAGCUGGACUACAAGCCCGUCUAGGAGCCACUGCCUCGCCCAUAGAGUUAACCAUUACCCAUUUACACACAUAUACAGAUAUAUAUAUUAUGUCCAACAAACAGACCUGUCACACAAAGUCCGUUUCUUUUCUCCAUACGCUAAUUAAAUGCUAUGUAAAGAUAAA